AUGGCUGCACGUGUUCCUCUGCUGGUCAUCUUCGCUCUUUUGUUCUUGGACUGCUGUUAUGGCGCUGCUAUUCCAAGAGCUUACGACCCACGAUUAAGCGAAGAUGUCAUUUUAACGCCGAAAAAGAGACCGUUCUGCAACGCCUUUACUGGAUGCGGCCGCAAACGUUCUCAGGGAACCCCCGGCAUGCCUAUGCAAGAGUUAUUCAGACAGAGACAGCUCAUAGACGAAGACAGUGUACCCUUAAUGGACAUGGACCCCACUCUCGACGAACUCUCACGACAGGUGAUUGCUGACGCGAAAAUGUGGGGCCUCCUUAGAGACGAAAUUUCACGACGCAGAAAUAUGGACUACCAA